AUGAGUUCAGGAAAUGAUUCAAUGAAAAAGAGGACUUUGAUAGCGGUAAUUGGCGAUGAAGAUUCAGUUACCGGAUUAUUGUUGGCAGGCGUGGGUCAAGCAUCAAACGAACCUGGCAAGGAAACUAAUUUUUUGAAUGUUAUACCAGGAAAGACAUCAGUUGAAGAAGUUGAGGAAACAUUUGAACGAUUCACAUCUACAAGAGAUGAUAUUGCUAUUUUAUUAAUCAACCAGCACAUCGCUAAUUUGAUAAGAUAUAGAAUUGAUAAUUAUUCCAAUGCAUUUCCAGCUAUAUUAGAGAUUCCAUCUAAGGACCACCCUUACGAUCCUGAAAACGACUCAAUUUUAAAGAAAGUCAGGAGGCUUUUUGGCGAAUAA